AUGUCGUAUCAAAAAGACACAACAUCUGCAGAGCCUAUUGUUUCUACCCAAGGCAACGAACUAGCCACAUUCGGUGCAGGCUGUUUUUGGGGAGUAGAAAAGGUCUUUAAGCGCAAGUUUGCGAACAGGGGACUAUCGGCCAUUCAGGUUGGGUAUUGCGGAGGUUCUAAUGGAACACCUUCCUAUCAACAAGUGUGUUCAGGAACUACUGGUCAUGCAGAGGCCGUACAGCUUCAGUACGAUCCUAAAGUACUAACGCUUGCAGAGUUGAUUGACUUUUUCUAUCGAAUGCACGAUCCAACUACACUCAACCGCCAAGGCGGAGAUGCAGGUACUCAGUACAGAUCGGCUAUUUUUUAUCGCAAUGAUGUAGACAAGCAAAUAGCAGAGGAGCAAACCAAAGUAGCACAGAUGCAUUUCAAGACUGCCAAGAUCCAGACAACCAUUGAGCCUAUGGGUGCAUUUUGGCCAGCAGAAAAGUAUCAUCAAGAAUAUCUGGAUAAGAAUCCCCACGGCUAUGAAUGUGCCAUGCACUAUGAGCGUACAUGGGAGAGUAUUGAAGCUGCCCAUAAAUAA